CCUGCUCACCCAUACAUAUUCCAAAGAAGCAGCAGAAGAAGCAGCUAUAUAUCUCACUGUCUGUCUCAAUCUCUUUCUCAGUUCAACUUUGAACAAAUAUCUCAUCUGUCUCCCCAGCCCUUCGAUGGACUUCCAUCUUAAGCAAUGGGCACACCAGAAUCAACACCAACCUGAUGAUUCUUCUGCAUCGCUUGCUCUUCCACUUUUUUCUUCUGAACCCACAUCUUCAUCAUCAUCCAAACCCUCAAAAGAGAUGAUGCAGGGGGUAAGUGGUUACUUCAGCGUAGGGCAAUGGCAGGAGCUUGAAGUACAGGCAUUGAUAUACAGAUACAUGCUUACCGGUUCACCAAUUCCUCCUCAACUUUUACACCUUUUGCUCAACUCUACCUCCAACACCAACCCUCCUUUUUAUCCUCUCUCCAACUUCCCAUCUUUGUGCCAAACAGGAGGAGGGUAUUGGGGAAGAGGAGGAAUGGAUCCAGAGCCAGGAAGAUGUAGAAGAACCGACGGAAAAAAAUGGCGGUGUUCAAGAGAUGUGGUGGUCGGUCACAAGUACUGUGAGCGCCACAUCCACCGUGGUCGCAAUCGUUCAAGAAAGCCUGUGGAAAUCCCCACACCCACCACUUCCACCGCAACCGGCAGUCGUGGCGGUGACGUUGAUUAUGGCGUUGGACUUGUUAAAAAACCAACAUCCGUCUAUACCACCACCACCUCCACCACCACCGCCGCCGGUUACGGUGGAGCUCAGACGUACACAGGAUCUACUAAUUGUGGUGGUAGUGUCUCCGGGCAUUCUCCUUUCUUUGAUCAGCUUCAUCUCAAUCAAAGGGUUGACGACAAGGCUGCUGCAUAUCGAUCAUCUGAAAACGAAGACAAAUUAUCAGGUGGACGAAUUCUUCGUCCAUUUUUUAAUGAUUGGCCACGAACUGUUCAAGAACAAGAAACGUUAGCUACGAGUCUCUCCAUUUCAGUCACUGGAGAUGCAACUUCUGAUUUCUCUUUGAAACUGUCAACUGGAAACGAUGAAACAGGGCCACGUGGAGAAGAAAUGAAUGGGGAACGAGAGCGUGCUCCGUUGAGUUGGGGCAUGCAAUGGGGUACACACCAUGCAGGUUCAUUGGGUGGGCCACUUGCUGAAGCGUUAAGAUCAUCUUCAACGUCUAAUACUUCGUCUCCAACGAGUGUUUUACAUCAGUUACAACGUGGGUCUACUACUACUUCAGAGACCAGUUAUGUUAGUACCUGAAAAUUGAAAAAUGUUUAUCAUGGAGGAUGUUUCGAGU